GUGUUUCCAUAGUUAAAGGGGGGAUAUUGAGAAAACAUCAAACCUUGGGUGGGAACCAGUGGUUUGGCCCAAAAAAAAUUAGCCCCUCUCACAAAAUACAACAACUCCGUUCGUUGCAGUACGUGGCAAUAAUCUAUUGGCUAAAUAAACAAGUGAUCAGCUCAUUCUUGAAUAUCAGUCACUUAUAGCGUAGAUCACAAUCUAACAAUUACACUGAAACCAGGGGCAUUUCCGUUAUUCUAAACAAAUCCACCGGCAAAUCUCCCUGCUUCAGGUUUCUCAUCCCAUCAUAUUUCGCGCGGCCGUUUUACUUUCACGCUACAAUUGGCUUGAACGUCUCUUAGGAGACAUCCGAUAAAAUUGGAACGAUACGGUUGGCAUGAAACGCGCACCAACCUGAGGUGCAUAAUCUUUGUAUUUAAAAAGCAAGAAGCACAAGCAUUAACAGAGACUUGCCAAAACAUUCACUGCUCUCUAACUCACUUACUCUUGUUUGUUUGUGGCUGGCGAGACCGGCGAUGGAAAUCCAGGGUUCUUGGUGGUGGUUCACGUAGGCGCGGGAUAUCACGCACCUUCAAACAAGAAAGCUCUAAGGUCUGCCGUGAAACUCGCUUGCCUCGCUUCCGUCUCUGUUCUCGGCCAGACAUCAAACACUGCACUUUUAUCACAUUAUUAAGUUCUUUGUAUCUUCAGAUAAUUUUACAUUAAGCUCCAAUGGCGGCAAUAAAGCCAGGUUUAAUUGCUCUGUUUGAUGUUGAUGGAACUCUUACGGCUCCAAGAAAGGUUGCCACCCCACAGAUGUUGGAGUUCAUGCGAGAACUCAGAAAGGUUGUUACAGUUGGUGUUGUUGGUGGAUCAGACCUUUCUAAGAUAUCAGAGCAGCUCGGAAAUUCGGUCAUUAAUGACUAUGAUUAUGUAUUUUCGGAGAAUGGACUAGUUGCUCAUAAGGAUGGGAAAUUAAUAGGCACCCAGAGCUUGAAGUCAUUUCUUGGAGAGGAAAAGCUCAAGGAAUUUAUAAAUUUCACACUUCACUAUAUUGCUGACUUGGACAUUCCAAUAAAAAGGGGAACAUUCAUUGAAUUCCGUAGUGGGAUGCUCAAUGUUUCACCCAUUGGGAGAAACUGCAGUCAAGAAGAAAGGGAUGAGUUUGAAAAGUAUGACAAGGUUCACAAUGUACGCACAAAAAUGGUAUCCGUGCUUCGGGAGAAGUUCUCUCAUCUUAACUUGACAUUUUCAAUUGGGGGACAGAUAAGCUUUGACGUCUUUCCUCAAGGUUGGGAUAAGACAUACUGUUUGAGGUACCUUGAUGACUUCCAGGAAAUUCACUUCUUUGGAGACAAAACUUACAAGGGAGGGAAUGAUCAUGAAAUUUAUGAAUCUGAGCGAACAGUGGGUCACACAGUUAUCAGCCCAGAAGAUACAGUAGAUAAGUGCAAAGCUCUCUUCCUAGCCAAACCCUGAGCUUCCCACAAACAUAUUGAUUUUACUGUUGUGAGAAUAAAUACGUAUUCUUUUAUGAAUAAUAUGAUGUAAUUUGUUAUAUGUUAUUUGAACUACCGAAACGGCGUGAUGAAAUGUUAAUUGGAGAAGUUACUCUCCUUGUCUAGGUUAUGAUUCAAUUGAAUAAAGGGGUAUUUAUUUUACUAUGGCA